UACUACUAAUAAAUAUCGAAGAAAGUGAAGAAUUUAAUAUGGGCCUACCUGAAUUACUUCAGUCCAGAGCCCAAUCUCCUACUUUCAUUUCUUCAAUGUUUUAGGCAAAGAGGGAUACUACUUUUUCCGAAGAACUGAAGCUUCAUUCCUUUACCUUGUGAAUUUAACGAUGAAUAGCUCUAAAGGAAAUCUCUCGAUAGAAGAUGCAAUAGCAUAUGUAACUUCAGUCAAAGUUAGGUUUCAAGAAAAGAGGGAAAAUUACGAUCAAUUUUUAAAGGUCCUGUGUGAUUUUAGGGCUGAAAGAAUUGAUGCAAGAGGUGUCAAAUCAAGAGUGAAUGAGUUGUUUAAAGGUCAUAACGAUUUAAUUUUGGGUUUCAAUAUUUUCAUGCCAACUGAAUAUGAAAUUAAACUUCCUUUGGAUUUGGAUGAUGAACAACUACAACAAGGUCAUGGAUUAGGGUCAGAUGAUGCACUAGCGUUUCUCAGAGUAGUAAAAGACGUGUUUAAAGAUGAGAUGGGGAAGUAUGAUGAGUUUUUAAAAGUGUUAAGGGAUUUUAGGAAUCGAGUAAUCGAUAGAAGAGAUGUUGCAGAAAGAGUGAAGGAGAUGUUUAAAGGGCAUCUAGAUUUAAUUUUUGGAUUCAACGCCUUCUUGCCAAAGGAUUAUCAAAUCACACUUACGUCUCAGCUUGACUGUCAUGAGACUGACAACUGUCAACUUCCUUGGGAUGUGCUUGGUAUCAUUUUGAGAAGACUUGAUUUCGAUGACCUUUUCCAAUUUGCUGGUGUGUGCAAGAAUUGGAGGGCAUUUCAUAAAAUUUAUUGGACAAGUUUCUUGGCAUCCCAAGAACCAUUAGUUUUUAAGAAGCUUUUCAAUGAUAAGAAGUCUUUUUCCUUCAUUAGCAUAACUGACCAAAAAGUCUAUCACUCAAAGACGAUCAAUUGCUUCAGUGACUUCGCCUAUUCUGGGUGUUCUAGCGGAUAUUUGAUCAUGACAGAAAGCCGUAAUUCAUUUAUGCUACUAAAUCCAUUUACAAGAAGAAAAAAGGUAAUCAAUACCUCAGCCUUUCAAGUUAAUUGUUCUGAUUUGGCUUACCAUGUCUUACUUGCUUUUGGCAAAGACUCGGAGGAAUUUGUCUUGGUAGCUUUAUGUAAAAAUUCUAACAGUUUGCAUGUAUAUCAAUCUCAAAAUUUUGGUUGGGUUACUUAUUCGACUAUGGGAAAACCGUGGAUGGUUGUUGACUUUGUUGUUUUGCAUAAUACUAUAUAUGUUGUCACUGACAAGGCCACCAUAGGGGUACUCAACUUGAAUUCUGCAAAUAUAAAUUUUUUACAACUGAAGGGUACUCCCAGUGUAACUUCUUCCUCACACCUAAGGCUGGUUAGUUGUAAUGGACAACUUUUAGUGACUCAUUUUAAGUCUGAGGUAUUGUUGAAUGUGUACAACAUAGACUUCUCAACCAUGAAUUAUGUCAAGUUGGAAACUUUGGGCGAUGUUGCAUUGUUUUAUGCUUCGGGGAGAAACUGCUAUGCAUUGAGCAACCCAGGCAGGUGGGGUUAUGAAAGCAAUUCUGUGUAUGUGAUAAAUUUUUCAUCUAUAAAAUGUCGGGUGUAUUCAAGGGAUGAUAACACAGAUGGACUUCCAGUAACUCCUAGAACAACACCCUACUUGUUGGAUUGGUGUUUUCGAUAUCCACACUUUGAGGUAGAUAGUUCUCAUGUUGAGUAACAUGUUUAUUGUACACUGUGUAGCUUGUGAUCUCUGUUCUUUGUAUUUCUUUUUAGUUUGCCAAUAAUUUGACUAGACUAGAACAACUUGCCAUGGUUUAUAGUUUCACUAUUAGACAAGUGUUGGGAUAAAAACAAAUAAAUAAAUAAAUAAAUAAAUAGAAUAUUUGAAUAUAAGUAUCAAGAAGUAUUCAGCGUGUCUCA